CGACGUAAAUACAAGUAUCAUUCUACGCAGGUUUGAUAUACCAAAAGACAAUGCAAUAAAAAGAGUAAUUAUUCUGUCAAAAUUAAAACAGAGUGACAUUUCACACUUUUGUUUCCUUUAUAUAAUUUCAUAGCCGAUUUUCUGAUGGCUUAACUUUGUGAUUUUUGUACGAUUGAGGUCCAGUAAAAUGGCGGACCAGGAGGAAGAUAGGCUCAAGAAUGCCGGGGAGGCUCUAGUUGUGGUGGAUCGGCAGGCGUCAUCCGAGAGUAGGAACAAGCGCUCGGGACAAGAUGGGCCAAGUGACGGCCUCCACAAAAGGCCAAAAGUACCUGACAUCCCUUCCGUAGCAGAGAAGGUAAAAGAAGAUUUAGAAGAGAAGAGUCACAUAAUUUCAAAGCCAUCUGAACAAAAUAAAGUGCCUAAGGAAAUCAUCAAUCAACCGGCAGCCAAGGUGCAAUCCACGACUUCUAAGGCACCAGCUAUGAAACCUUUUGAGACCAUAGAACUGACCAAAAUAGAAUCAGGAUCUACCAUACCAGUAAUUAAACAAUGUCCCACAAUGACAUUAUCAACAAAAAAGAUUGAUCCUAACGUUGAAAAGCGUUUCGAGACCACAUUUCCAGCAGAAAUGGGAUCUGAGCCUACAGUGUCAGAAGUUACUAGACGUUUUGAGGGCACGGCUUCGAAAAAGGAAUUGGAACCUGUUGUAUCAGGUGCCGUUAAUCGUUUGAAAGAUAAAGGAUCUGAAACUAUAGAAUCGGUGUUUACCGCUAAAGUAAAACAAUCCCAACCAAUUGCUCAGGAGGUAAAGCCUAUGAUCACGAAAGCUUCCCUGAGCUUGAAGAAGGCAGAUGAGAAGUUAGACGUAGACAGUAUCCCAGACGAUAUCGUAGUGUUACCUACUCGCGAAGAAACCAGGCUCUCUGUUAGUCAGGACUGGACGACAAAUAUUGAUACAUCACAGAAGAGAGAAAUUUCAUGGGAUGAUCCUGAAUAUCUUGAUAAAGUGCAAUUACAGAUACUGAGCGACACACCCUCGACCUCCAGAGCUGGCAUGCCAUACGCAAAACCAUGCGGCAUCGCUCUAUGCUUACCUCGGAGAUCUCAGACACCUUUUAACAGCACAGCUAAAACAGGAAUCCAUAUCGAAAUAUCUAAGCAAUUUUCAACAACACCGCAUUGCUUGAGCGUGAUACGAGAGAAACUUGAUACAAUACGCGACAAAAUAAUACAUUAUUUCAACAAGUGAAAUUCUCAUAUAUUUUUAUACAUUUACAAAAACAUUAUAAACCUUUUAUUUUUCUAAA